CCGGAAGCCCCCCUCCCGCCAGGCCCCGCCCCGGAAGCGGCGGCGGGCGAUGGCGGCCCCCCCGGGCGCGCUGCUGGCCGGCGGCGCCGCCUUCUUCCCGGGGCUCUUCGUGGCGGCGCGCGCGGCGCUGCGGCGGCUGCCGGGGCUGCGCUGGCCCGAGCCCGACGCCGUCAUCGUGGCCGCCCGGCUGGUGUCCUCGGUGCAGGCCAUCAUGGCCUCCACGGCCGGUUACAUCAUCUCCAGCUCCUGCCACCACGUCAUCGAUGACCAGCAUUGGCUGGCGGGCGCCUACCCGGCCUUCGCGGUGCCCUACUUCGUCUACGACGUCUACGCCAUGUUCCUCUGCCACUGGCACCGGGGCCGCGUCAAGGGCCACGAGGCCGGGCCACCGCCCUCGCUGCGGGCCGCCGCCGCCGCCUACCUCCGCAAGGACCUGCUCAUGGUGCUCCACCACGCCGCCAUGGUGCUCGUCUGCUUCCCCGUGGCCGCCCUGUGGCGCCAGGGCAAGGGCGACUUCUUCCUGGGCUGCCUGCUCAUGGCGGAGCUCAGCACCCCCUUCGUCUGCCUCGGCAAGGUGCUCGUCCUGUACAAGCGGCAGCACACGGCGCUGCACAAGCUCAACGGGGCGGCGCUGCUGGUGACCUUCCUGGGGUGCCGGGUGCUGCUCUUCCCCUACCUGUACUGGGCCUACGGGCGCCAGGCCGGGCUGCCGCUGCUGCGGGUGCCGGCGGCGCUGCCCCCCGCCUACAACGCCGCCGCCGCCGCCCUCCUCGCCCCCCAGCUCUACUGGUUCGCCCUCAUCUGCCGCCGCGCCUGGCGCCUCUUCCGCCCCUCCCCGGCGCCCCCCUGACGGCGGGGGGGGGCGGGGGGCACCCUUGGGUGCGGGGGGUGGUGUCCUGGGAGCAUCCUUGGGUGGCCCCAAGAUGGCGGUUGCGGCGUAGGAGCACCCUUGGGUGGCCUCAAGAUGGUGGCCAUCGCCUAGAAGCGCUUUUGGGUGCUUUCAGGGUGGUGGCCAUCUUCUAGGAGCACCCUUGGGUGUUCUCAAGAUGGUGGUUGUGUCCUAGGAGCUCUUUUGGAUGUUCUCAAGAUGGUGGCCAUCUCCUGGGAGCACUCUUGGGUGUCCCCAAGAUGGCGGCCAUCUCCUAGGAGCGCUCUUGGGUGUCUUCAAGAUGGCGACCAUCUCCUACAAGCACUUUUGGAUGUUCUCAAGAUGGUGGUCAUGUCCUGGGAGCACCCUUGGGUGGCCUCAAGGUGAUGGCCAUCGCCUAGAAGCACUUUUGGAUGUUCUCAAGAUGGUGGCCAUGUCCUAGGAGCACCUUUGGGUGCUUUCAGGGUGCUGGCCAUCUUCUAGGAGCGCCCUUGGGUGUCCUCAAGAUGGUGGUCAUCUUCUGGGAGCACCCUUGGGUGUCCUCAAGAUGGCGGUUGUGUCAUAGGAGCACGCUUGGGUGUUCUCAAGAUGGUGGCCAUCACCUAGAAGCGCUUUUGGGUGUCCUCAAGAUGGUGGUCAUCUUCUGGGAGCACUCUUGGGUGUCCCCAAGAUGGUGGUCAUGUCUUAGGAGCACCCUUGGGUGUUCUCAAAAUGGCGGUUGUGUCGUAGGAGCACCCUUGGGUGGCCUCAAGAUGGUGGCCAUCUCCUGGGAGCACCUUUGGGUAUUCUCAAGAUAGUGGUCAUCUUCUGGGAGCACCCUUGGGUGUCCUCAAGAUGGUGGCUAUCUCUUAGAAGCACUUUUAGAUGUUUUCAAGAUGGUGGCCAUGUCCUGGGAGCACCCUUGGGUGUUGGGGGGCGUGGUGGGUGUCUCUUGGGAGCACCCUUGGGUGUCCCCAAGGUGGUGGCCAUCUCCUAGAAGCACUUUUGGAUGUUCUCAAGAUGGUGGCCAUGUCCUAGGAGCGCCCUUGGGUGUCACCAGCCCCCCCCGGGUGCCCCCAGCGUCCCCAGGACCGUAGCAGCACCCAGGGGUGCCCUCGGGGUGGGGCCCCGGGCCAGUAGCAGCCCCCCGGGGACGCCUGGGCCCCCUGGGGACGCCUGGGCCCCCCCCGGGGCGGCGCCGCGCAGCAGCAAUAACCUCAGUAUUAAAGGAGCCUUCGGGA